CAGUACUUCCAAUCAUUUGAAAAUUUCCUGCUGCUUUCGGUGUGCUGUCAGUUGUCAAAACAAUCGAAAUUUUUGCUGCUUUGUGGCAUAAACGAAAUUAUUUUAUAUUUACAGAUUUGCAAUAUAUUUGUUAAAAUGAUUUCGAGUUGUGCAUCUAAGUCAAUCAAUUUAGUGCGUGGCGGUAUGCGUGCUAUCGCUACAAGUGCGGUCCAGCGAAGUGAUCAUCUUUUCGUACACCGUGACACACCCGAAGACAAUCCAAACAUCAAAUUUGAGUUUACGCCGGAGAACAAGAAGCGCGUUGAGGCUAUCAUCAGCAUAUACCCAGAGGGUUAUAAGCGCGCAGCAAUGAUCCCACUGCUCGACUUGGCACAGCGCCAAUAUGGUUGGCUGCCAAUAUCAGCAAUGCAAAAAGUUGCAGAAAUCUUGGAAGUGUCGCAUAUGCGCGUCUAUGAAGUGGCCACUUUCUAUACAAUGUUUUUACGCAAACCUACUGGCAAAUACCAUAUUCAAGUAUGCACAACCACUCCAUGUUGGUUACGUGGCUCCGAUGAGAUUAUGGAAUGUUGCAAGAAAACUUUGGGAGUUGAGGUCGGUGAAAUGACCAAGGAUGGCCUUUUCACGAUUUCCGAGGUAGAGUGUUUGGGUGCCUGUGUUAAUGCUCCAAUGGUGGCUAUAAAUGAUGACUACUAUGAAGACUUAACAGCUAAAGAUAUGCAACAAAUUUUAGCCGACUUCAAAGCCGGUAAACCUUCACCACCCGGUCCACGCAACGGUCGUUACGCCAGUGAACCUGCAGGUGAACCAAGUUCACUUACUGAAGAGCCAAAAGGCCCAGGAUUUGGUUUACAACCAGCGCUUGCAUAAAGCCAUUGAUUUUGCAACUACAAUAACAUUAAACCAUUUUCAAAUAAUUAAAACUGCUAUUUUACGAUAGUAAAUGUUAUGUUCUAUAAGUGGAAUAAAACGAAAUAAAUAAUAGCAAAUCGUUGUUUAAGGAAAAAUAAUAA